UGAUGUCACAGUUAAUGAUUGGUGUGAGCUCUGUGUACAAAGAGGAUAACAGUGUAAAGGUUGAUGACUGACCAGACGUAGGACCAGUUCAUAUAUGCAUUAGCAGAAAAUCCUUUGGAUUCAGGAGCACCAGUUGCCUUUUUGGAAGGUCAAACAUGGGGAAGGCAGUCCUGUGUCUGCUAAUUGCUGUGCUGGCACUCUCCAGUUGUGGGGGCCAUAAAGAUGGAGGAAAUGACCAUGGACACGGGCGCAGAGAGGGGCAUGACGAACGUGGGCACGGGCAUGGACAUGGGCAUGGGCAUGGGCAUGGACGAGGACACGGGCAAGGUGAACGCGGACGUGGACGUGGGCAUGGACGAGGGCAUGGACAUGGUCGGGGACAUGGGCAUGGCCACGGGCACGGCCAUGGGCAAAGCAACAGUACUACUAUGGAACUAGCUCGCCCAAACAGCAUGUUUGCCUUCAGUCUGUAUAAGCAGAUUGUGUCUCAGCCUGAGUAUCAGGACAGUAAUGUCUUUUUCUCUCCAGUAAGUUUGUCGGUUGCACUAGCGGCAUUGACCCUUGGGGCCCGAGGCGAGACAUACGACACACUUUUCAAUGGGCUGGCACUCAACAAUUCUGACAUUACCGAAGAGGGGGUGCAUGAAGGUUUUCGUGAUAUCCUGCAAAAUCUCAAUGAGCAAAAGGGAAUUGACUUGAAUGCUGGAAGCGCACUGUUUGUCAGUGACACCUUCAAGCCAAAAACCUCAUUUUUGGAAGAUCUGAAGACCUUCUAUCUCUCUGAGGGCUUUGCAACAGAUUUCACCAAGAAUACAGAGGCUGCUAAAAUGAUCAAUGACUAUGUAAAGACUAAGACAAAUGGAAAAAUUAGCAACUUGGUGGACCAACUUGACCCAGCAACUGUGAUGUACCUUGUUAGCUAUAUAUAUUUUAAAGGUAAAUGGGAGAGUCCUUUCGAUCCUGAAAUGACCAAAGAUGGAUUAUUUAAGGUGAAUGACACAACAAGUGUACCAGUGAAGAUGAUGAUGAAGAGGCAUGACUAUGAUGUGUACCAUGACCAGGAGCUAUCCAGCACUGUUCUUCGGCUCCCUUACACCAAAUCAGUUUCUAUGAUGCUUCUGCUUCCUGAGAAUGGUCUGACUGGUCUAGAGGAUGUUGUAUGCCCAGAUCAUGUGGCCAAAUGGCACAGAUGGAUGAAGGAAAGGUACGUCGCGGUGUCUAUCCCAAAGUUGUCCAUUGAAACAUCAUAUUCCCUCAGAAGCCUCCUGAGUGGAAUGGGCAUGGCAGACAUUUUCAGCUAUAGUGCCAACUUUAGUGGCAUUGCUGAUGACCCUGUUCUUGUGUCUGAGGUCAUACAGAAAGCCACUCUUGAUGUAGAUGAGACUGGGUCCACAGCAACUGCAGCUACAGGAGUGGGUUUCAUGCCUUUGUCUGUCAGACAUGCUGAAACAAUCACAUUUGAUCGUCCAUUUAUGGUUUUGAUCUCAAACCGUGACACAAGAAGCAUCUUGUUUUUGGGAAAAGUAGUUAACCCAGCAAAAAAAUAAGGUUGUAAUGUGAAGUAGGUAGAGUUCAGAAAUUCUGAAUAUUAUUGAGAGAUUUAGCCUAUGGAACAGGAUGAUUUAUAUUUUGCAUGCAAACUUUUGUUCAAUAAAAUGGCAACUUUUGUUUCCAACUUCAAAUAAAAA